AUGAAACUUCCUGCCGGUCUCCCCGUGAACUGGUCCGCGGUUUGGGCCCUGGGCGAGCUUUGCCAAAGGGUCGACCCACUCAGCCUGGAGCCAGCGAUUCCGCAAAUUACCGAAGCCUUCGUCGGCAUCUUCCAACGCCGUGUGGGAAUGGAGGUGCUCCCCAACCAGCUGGCCGCGCAUCGCCAAUUGCUAGGAGACAGAUCCGCCAAACAGUGCGAGUCCAGCAGCAGCAGGCUAGAUACUUCUUCAGAGGGCAUUCUUCCAUGGCUGGAUUUUGCCUCGGAAGUGGACAAGGCAGUUCGGGUUGCAAACGAGAUCGGCUACGCCAUGCCGAGUUUCAAGCAAAAACUGCCUGAAGAUCUGCCUGGCGUAGCCGACCGUAAAAGCUCUGAAGAGCACGAGCCGCUGGAUCAGGAUUCGGCAGCAGUUGGCCUACUCAAGCAGAACAACUUCUUAUGCAUCCUGCCCUUGGCCCUGAAGGCCUCCAGUUCGAGGGCCCGGCAAGCUGCUUCUGGCUCCUACUAUAUCCAGUUGCAGGAAUAA